UAGAUUUAGAUAAUAGUAUUCUGUCCAGUAAAAUGAGGCCAAUCUUUUGUGGGAACCUUGACUAUGAUGUUCGCAUAUCCGAGAUUGAGCGCCUUUUCGGCAAAUAUGGAAGGGUGGAACGAGUGGAUCUGAAGACAGGAAUAUCAUGGAGCAUAUGUGCUCUUCCUGGUUGAUGGACUGAGCUCUACCUUUCCUGCCUCAGCCCCACCUCAUCUCUUGUCCAUCUCCAGGAGUUCACAGUCCACCAUGGCAUCUGUUCACUUGGAAACAACCACCUCGUGACCGAUGUCUUACUUUUACGAUCAACAUUGCACUCUCCUCCCCUGCCUGAUCACCAUUUCCUCGCCAAUCCAACCAUGCCAAUCUCAUGGCCGGCUGGAGAAGAGUGGAGGGUUGCACCACCAAUUCUUUGAUGUACCACGAAUGUUUGGAUUAUUGUUCUGUGACGUCGUUUAGUUCAACAUAUACAAGGGUUUGCAUUUGUCUACAUGGAAGAUGAACGUGAUGCUGACGAUGCUAUCCAUAGACUUGAUGGUAUUGAUUUUGGCAGGAAAGGAAGGAGAAUCAGAGUUGAGUGGACUAAGGAGGAUCGCAGUGCUGGUCGAAGAGGCAGCUCUAGGAGAUCUCCAAACAAUGCAAGACCAACCAAAACCUUGUUUGUGAUCAACUUUGAUCCAAUGAACACAAGAACUAGAGAUUUGGAGAGGCACUUUGAUAAAUAUGGCAGGAUUGCGAAUGUCAGAAUAAAAAAGAACUUUGCCUUUGUCCAGUUUGAGUUACAAGAGGAUGCUACUAGAGCACUGGAGGGUACUAAUGGAAGCACUCUUAUGGACAGGGUCAUAUCUGUUGAGUACGCACUUCGUGAUGAUGAUGAAAGAGGGAACGGAUACAGUCCAGACCGGAGAGGUCGUGAGAGAUCCCCAGGUAGAAGGCGAUCUCCUAGUCCUUAUGGCAGAGUACGGGAGAGGGGUAGCCCGGACUACGGCAGAGGCAUGGAGAGGGGGAGCCCAGACUACGGCAGGGGAGGUGACAGACGUAGCCCUGAUUAUGGCCGUGGCGCAAGCCCAAACGGUGGGGGUAGAGGUGAUGAUAGGGGCAGCCCCAACUAUGAUCGCGAGCGCCGUGAAGCCAGUCCUCGUCGUGAGCGCCGUGAAGCUAGUCCUGGCUAUGACAGGCCCCUCAGCCGCUCACCUGCAAGGGACUAGAGAGAUUAGAGGCGUUCCAGGCUUUGUUAAAGCCACCUGCUUUGGAUGAACUUGCGAGCUGAUGUUGUGUUGAAGUUGGUAAUAUUAGGCAGCAGGGAACUUUUGUACUAUCUCUUAGCUUGUGUUGACUUACGAUGGUAGCUUAAAUCUUUCCCGCUUCACUAUGAAGAAUUCGAGAAUGUAACUCGUCUAUUGACUGGUACUCGGUAGAACUUUUUUUGUACUCGGUAGAACUUUUUUGUUGGCGUAUUUAUAUUUCUACCUUGACUCUGCUAUUAUUUACUGGUGAAUGUCUAGAUUGCUCGAUGUUGUUUUUUUC